AUGGACGGGCUUCAUACCUGCCUGAGAUGUGCUCGAGCACUCUCAGGUCUAGGUCGACGACGUACAAGUAGCCGCCUUGCACAACAAAUCAGCAGCACCCGCUGCUUCACAUCAAGACCUGCCCUCUACCACCCCCGACUUAACGUUACGAAUGGAACGGAAACGGUCCAAACGCGAAGUUCGAAAACGUCGACUCGAGUGGCGUCUACCGCUGCCGCAUCUGUAGCACCUCCCCAAGAGGAAGACAAUUUUGAACGUCACAACAUUCCCCCUACGGAUUACGGACACUGGCGUGCUCAUGGACGGGUGCUCCUGCAGCCCGACAAUCUAUUUCACCUUUUUUCCAAGUCACCAAUUCCAGAAAUACGGCAAAGAGCACGCUUCAUGAAACAACACGCAUUGUGUCCUCAUCCCGCGCAUCAGCAAACAAGAAUUCCCACCUCUCCACAUGACCCAGAGACCAGAAAGAUCAAAGGUGUGAGUUCGCAGCCGCCGGCUCAUGUGGAUUUUGAAUGCCCAUACUGUGGCAUUGCUACAUAUUGCUCUCAGGAACACUGGGCAGAUGACUUUGAAGCACACCUGGAAAUAUGCGACACAUUGCAGCAAAUCAACGAAGACGACCAUGACCUGCGGUCUGGAAGAUGGUUCUCAGAGUUUGAAUAUCCUGGACCUCAAAUGGAUGAGAUCUUGGUCAACAUGACGAACUGGGACACGUAUCUCUAUACACGACAGUAUGAGGCGAUCAACUCGGAGAGGAGUAUGCGGCAAGUUACCAAAUUGUUGACUUACCCUUUGACCGUCGGGAGCGUUCUACACGAGUUGAGCCCCUAUAACAUCCGAAGUGGAGGAAGGCUCACGGUAGAAGGGCUGAAGAGUUUGAGUGCGCUGCGAUAUACUCUACACCCGCCUAAAACCGGUGCCGGGCCUGAUAUCAAAGGGUUGAGACUGAAAGCUCCUCCAGUGCGGAUAUUUGUUCUCGGUGCUCGAGCCGAAUCAUCACUACCACGUGAUGUCUGGACUCAACUGUCGUAUCUCUUUCCUCUCGCGCUCAUCCACAUCAUUUUCAUUGGACCCGAGUCUAUGAUGAAUCGUGACGGCGAGUUUCCGCUUCCGGAACGGACGCCUACCAAUCCAUUCGGCGCAGUGGUGGAAGAUCGGAUAUCGGACAAGAUGAAAAUCACGACCUACGUGGAAUACUUUCACACCCUCCAUGAAGCUAAUUUGUUCUAUCCCUACGAUCCUUACUUCGACUGCUUUAUGUUGUAUCAUCCCGGAUUGGGCCAUCCAGCUUCCUCGCACGAGUGGGAAAAGACACUGCCUCAAUUGUUGGAGACCAAGGUUCCCGUAAUAUGUACCGGAUAUACGGAAUGGGAUAUGACCCGUGACUGGCAAUGGGUUAUGGAAAAAUGUGCCGGAGAGGUGGAUCUUCUCAUGGAGCCUGGGGAGAAUCGCUUUCGAUCUUUGAGAUGGGAUCUGAACGACCUGGAUCCUCAGGAUAUCAGCUGUGGUAACUGGGGUAUCUGGGCAUUCCGGGGAAAGAGGUAUGUUGUUGAUGCUCCCUGA